AUGGAGUGGAGAUCUAUGUGGAAUUGUGGGGGAAAAAUUGAACGAGUCUGUUGGAUCGAGAAGGAUGUGAUUUUUUGGGUAGCUGGUGGCAGUCAUCUUGUAUUUUUUCAAUUGAAAAAAAAACUUCAGGCUCUGUGGAGGUGUCCAGGAUUUUUUGAUGGCGUCUCUUUGAUAUGCUCGUAUCCUCAACUUCAUGUGAUUGCUUUUGCUGAGAGCUGUGUCAAUCCUAGACUUGUCGUUGUGACGUAUCCCAGCAUGAAGAUUGUCUCUGAAUGCGUGGGAGGAAGUGAAAAUGGAUAUCUGGUGACUGCUUUGUCGACAGAUUAUAUGAUAGCACUGGGCUCAUUUCCGGAUUAUCAUUUGGUCAUGUGGAACUGGAGGACUGGCUCCAAGUUGUCCUCUGUUGUCACUGGUGUUAAUGAUCUUCAGGGACAGGUGAUUAGGGUGUCUAUGGGUAGACCGGGUCUUGUAGCUCAGCUGGCAAAGGACUCGGGAAGACUCCUGAUCUGGCAAGUUGUGGGGAAUUUCAUCUGUUCGUGUGAAGAAGUCACUCUUCCCAAGAGAGCCAUUCCAAUUGAUGUUAAUUGGUCAUCAGAUCAGGCAGAUUCUUCUCUGGCCAUUGCUGAUGAAUCCGGACAUGUUUAUAUCUGGAGCAAGAACGGAGAGUUGUGUCGAAUUGUUCUUUCCCAGAGAUGUGCAACCUGUCUCGAUUAUGAAGUACCUGUGGUGAGUUGGUUCAGUGAUGGAAUCCUCCUGAAGACGACGUUCUGUCAGAUUAGGUUCUAUCGAAAGGGGGAAGACAAGUGGAAGAGACAGUGGUACAUCAAGACUUUAUUGAAGCCUUACAUUUUCUCGGUUGAUCCAUUCACGAAGAAUAGGAUGAUAUUCUUCGAGGAUCAAGGGGAUCUUGUGGAGAUGAGCCUCCUGAUGGGAGAGGUCUAUCCCAGAGUAAACAAGAUCUACAGUUACGGGAGUUGUUUCAAAUUUUUGAGUCUGGUCUAUCCGUGGGGUCAUCAUUUGGCAGCUGCGGAUGAUUCGAAAAAUCUUGUGAUGAUGAGGUCUCACGAUGGUGAAGAAACAGGAAGAUUGAAUUUACCCGUCGAAGGAGACGUUCUGAAUAUCAUAUCCCACCUGGAGUACCCUAUGAUCUUGAUUUCAACUUCUGCUGGAGAAAUUUGUGCAGUCACCGCUCUUGACUCUCAAAAUCCCCGAGUGUUAUGCAAAUAUCAAUUUGAAAAAAUCCAUCUGGAUCUUCUGAGGCUAUCCUACUGCGGCAGAUACACAAUCACAGGGAGGAAAAAAUACGGAUCGUUCUACUGUAUAGAUUCAAUUGAAAAGACAUCAUCUGCUAUUCGUAAAAUAGAGACUGACCACAGGGCUUUGGAUAUAAUUCUGUUCGACAAAAAUGGAGGACUCAUGAUUCUGAUGCUGAUUCUGCCUUUUAAACGAGCUCCAGUCUCAAAUUAUAUAAUCAUUUAUAAAUUAUUACCUCAUGAAGAAAAUGUUGGCGAUAUUGUCAGCAUUCUCAAAUUGCCGACUGUCUACGAGAAUCUUCAGUAUGGUCUUGAAGCAAUGACCAUUAUAGCUUCACCAUUCUCAUCUCGCAAUCUCCACGUUUAUAACAUAAAAAAUAAUCAACUCUGUCUGAUAACAGCUGUACAAUCUGCGCAUAGGAUACGAGGAAUUAAAGUUCAGAUAAAUAGAGAUUGGAUUGUUACUUAUGGAUUCGAUGGAAUAGUCAGUGUUUUGAAGAAUUCAAAAACAUUGCAGGCGUUGUCGCAGGUUAAUUCUCAUCACAGGAUAAUAUUUGGGGUGUCUAAAGCUGUUUUGGAACCGAAAGGUCAUUUUUUGAUCGCGUUAGGCAGUGAUGGAUCAUUAUUUGGGCUGAAAUCAUCGGGAACUGAAAAUAAUCUAGAAUCAACGAUUGAUUUCGAUAAAUAUUUGGUAAAUGCUGAUGAGAUGAAUGAGAAUAUUUUGAGGGACUAUUCAAGCUUGAAUCCUGAAGUUAUUAAUAUUCUAUCUCAAAGUUAUCGAAUGAUUCCCCCGGAAAAGAGUGGAGCUGAGAAUUGGGGUGAUUGGGUGAUACAACAGCGGAUAAUGAGAGAGGAAGAGAAGUCUAGGGACAUCAGAUCGGAAAUCAUGAGGGAGUUUAAUGAAUUGAAGACGAAGGUUUCGGAGUUGUUGGGCGAGAACGAAAAAUUGCCAACGGAAGAGAGACUUCCGAUAUCUGCUUUCGAUUUGGAUAUGAUAGAGAGGGAGCAGAAGAUCAAAGCAGCGAAGGAAGAGAGGGAAGAUCGUCGUCUGGAGUUGGAAUUCCAAUGCGCGCAGAUAGAGAGAGUGGCGAAUUGGAUAAAGGAGACAUUCUGGGAUGUGCAGGGAGUCAAACAGCAGUCGAUAUUCGCCAUUUUUGGGGAGACCGAGGUGACGAAUUUUCCCAGUGAAGGACAGGAUCCUCAGGAGAUGGAAAUUAUCCGGUGGCUGGAGACGUGUUCUCAAAUUCAUGACGAUCUCCAAGAUUCCGAUAGAGAACCGAGGGCUUACGCUGUUUUUAGAGAGAAAUACUCUCCGGUUAUUGAGGAGACGAAGACAUUGGCAAAUCUUCUCGAAGAUGAGGAGGAAGGAGAUAACGGCAAUAUUGAAGAGAUUGAGGCAGCGGCUGGUGUCACAACUUUCAAAUUUGUACAACCGUCCAGUGAUUACUGUCAGUUCAAGCAUUACACUUUUAUUGAACUCAGUCGGAUGGCCAUUGCCUUGAUCAAUGAUGCUCAAGGACUGAAGGAUUAUUUCAACAAAUUAUUCAACGAGACGUUUGCACUUAAAGAACGGGCCAUGGCUACCGCUGGUCAAAUAAUCUCUCACAUUCGGUUCAUAAAUUCCGAACUUGGGAUUAUGUUUAGGAGUUCGGUACCAGAGAUACCGGAUGAGCCGCAGUGGUCGCCGAAGGAAAGACCCCAGUCGAUUAUCACAGCGCGAGAUGAUGAGAUCCCUGUGAGACCUUAUGUCUCUCCAUCGGAGCAGGAUUUAUUGGACAGACAAGCAGAAGAACAGGAGCGAUUGAGACUUCUCAUGUUGUCUGACGAUUUUCGGAGGAAGGCCCUCAUCGAGAUGAUGGACGGUGUCCUGGAGUACCGUUGGGAGGACAUCGUCAAGAGGGACAUACCCAAGCCCGACUUCAUGGCUACGAAGAGUCCUGAUGAUUACACGAAGGAGGAGAUCGCUCUGAUUCAUAAAUACGAGCAGCAAGUAUUGGAUCUUGAGCAGGAGCGUGAGAAGUACAAAAGCUUUCUCGAGACUUCGUAUUUGAAGAUAACGAAGAGUCUUCGGGAGACGAUAGAUAAGUUUAAUGUCAAUCUCAAGGGGCUCUUGAUUACGAGGAUGAGAGUGGAAUCGGCGGUGCUGCAGCUCGAGCUGGUGAGGGCCAGGUGGUACUUUCAGGUGUUUGAUCGAAUGAAGAUUGUUGAUGAGAUGAAGAAAACCGAAGCUGCUAUUUCUGAGGAAAAUAUACGGAUAGAGAGUAUUCUGUCCUCGAGGAGGAUCAUGGAGGAGGAGCUUGUCAAACUCAAGUCGCAUCGCGAAUCACUUUAUAGUAAAGAUAAAGGAGUUACGAAAUUCAAGUCGGAGUUUCAGUCCUUGGGAAAAAUUGCUGUUGAGGCUCUCAGGAAGCAUUACAUCAAGAGACCGAAGGUCGUUCUGAAGAACAUGUCACCUGGAGAUGUCCUCACCCUCGCGAAAUGCAUUGCAAGUCACAAUAAUUCUGUUCCUUUGCUGUCAGAUUAUAAACAUUAUCUCGCAAGUCUUGAUGCUCUUGAUGUACAGCCACAGCACUUGCCUGAGUCAAUUCAGGCUCAUCACUGGGAGCAUCUGGUGAAAAUUCGGCGGCAUCAGAUCGAUUUGGAGAUGAAACUCAAAGCGAAUCUCAUGGAGAUAAACGAGAUUGAGAUGACGAUUGCGGGGAGUAAUGGAAAAAUUGGUAGAUGCAAGGAAUUAAUAGCGAAUUUUGAAGAUGCAUUGAGGGAGAUGAGGGGGAAACUGGUGGAACGUAUCAGAGAUAUGGAUAUUCAGUUGGUCUUGAAGAUGGGCCAGGUGGAGAUGAAUGUGAAGGGUAAGAGGAGUGACACCGAUAAGGGUAAAUUAAUACCUGUGGAUGUCAUUAAAAAAUUGAACGGAGGGAUCUUGGAGGCGGGUGAUGUGAAACUAAAGGCUCUGGAGGAGAUGAUGAAAUUUCACCGAGGGACACUCCUCAAAGAAUGGGAGCACAAGACCCUCCAGAUGAAGAUUCAGGAGCUCUCGGAGGAUCUCAAUGAGAUCAAGAACAUCCUGGUGACGAAACAUAUGCGUCAUUUGUUGAAAAAUCAUCAGAUCGGCGGUUUUACUGAUGGUAAAACCGUGCAGGAUCUUGAGAGGGACAUUGCUGCGAUGAAAAAAAUUAUGGAGAAGACGGUGAACGAUUGGUUGUCCAAGAUUGAUAGUGUUAAUAUGCAGAUUGAGACACAGAAGCGGAAGAAUGACGAAUGCGAUGGGAAAAUUGUGGUGAUGAAUGUCGAUCGUUGGGAGAUGGAGAUUAUGAGGAAUCUUGAGGCUGAGGAGAGGAUUAGAAAGAUGAGUGAGGGGCUUAUGGAGGCUGUGCUGCUGAGGUCAAAGCUUUGUAGAAGAGUUCAGAGUAAUUAUAUCGAUCUUUUGCAAUUGAAAACUGAGAGUCAGCGGUUGAGGAUGAAGAGGUAUCCUGCUCUGGACGGUUGCAAUGUUGUUCCGAUAAAUAAUCCCGAUGAAGAGUGA